AUGUUUCGACUAUUACUGCCGUCGAUUGCAGUGCUCCUGAUAGUAUGCUCUAACAGGCAUUCUGCCGUGAUAGCUGCUAGCGGCUUCGCCAUAGUGGGAUAUGUUGUAACGGAUUGGCUGAUUCCCCGUGUGGGUCCAUCGUUCGUCAAGAUUGGCUUGUAUGGAAAGGAUCAGAGCAAGCCAGGGAAGCCUGUGAUACCCGAGAGCGUUGGAGCUGUGUCUGCCACGGUUUACUUGCUGGUGAUGUUCUUUUGCAUACCGUUCAUGUUUUACAAAUACAUGGUCACUACGACGCCAGGAGGCGGGAUCCGGGGCGUUUCCAUCGAAGAGAGUGCUGGGUCAGCGGGGAGCUUGUUCCCGCACGGCAAGCUUUCGGAGUAUUUGAGCAGCAUUUUAUGUCUGGAGAGCACGGCACUUCUGGGCAUCGCCGACGAUUUAUUCGACUUACGCUGGCGUCACAAGUUCUUUCUGCCGGCAAUUGGCGCAAUUCCACUGCUGAUCGUUUACUAUGUGGAUUUCGGCGCCACUCACGUACUGGUGCCGACGUUUCUGCAGGGCUGGCUCCAAAUGACCAAUAUCGACCUCGGAUGGUUCUACUACGCGUACAUGGUGUCGAUGACGAUUUUCUGUCCAAACUCUAUCAAUAUUCUGGCGGGAAUCAACGGACUGGAAGUGGGCCAAAGCAUUAUCCUGGGUGUCCUUGCGUUGACCAACGAUGCGCUGUAUCUGUCCGUGGGCCCGCAAGCAUCAAGGGAAAGCCAUAGGUUCUCUGCUGUGGUAAUCCUACCAUUCUUGGGGGUCAGCGCGGCUCUGUGGAAGUGGAACCGCUGGCCUUCGAGGGUCUUCGUUGGUGAUACUUACUGUUAUUUUGCUGGUAUGGUAUUUGCUGUUGUCGGUAUUCUGGGACACUUCUCCAAGACGAUGCUAUUGCUCUUUGUUCCGCAAAUACUCAAUUUCGUCUAUUCGUGUCCGCAGCUGUUCAACCUAGUUCCUUGCCCCAGACACAGAUUACCCAAAUUUAACGAUGCCGAUUGGUUAUUGUACCCAUCGAGGGCCAAUUUGAAGGAUGAACCGCCUAAAAAGAUCUUCACGCCGGUUUUGAAAGUUCUUGACAAGCUUCGGCUAAUCGACGUUGAGUACGAAGGUGAUAAGAUUAUAUCGUGCACUAACAUGACCUUGAUUAACCUCACCCUGGUGUGGUUUGGUCCUAUGCGAGAGGAUAAACUAUGCAACUUACUUUUGGUAUUACAGUUAAUGAUCGGAUUGAUCGCCAUAGUUCUAAGGCACACGCUAGGGGCGCUACUCUUCGGACAUGACAACCUUUGGGUAAUAGUGUGA